AUGGUAAGGCUGUACGGAAUCCGUGCUCCAUUUAACUCCAGCAAAUGUAUUAACGGCAAUACCAACAUUGGGAGCCGUGCUAAAGCGGGUGUGAUCGCACGCCUUCGAAUGCACGAGCACCGCAGGAGUUUGACUUUCGACUAUUCUGUAUAUAUAGGAACGUACCUAAACAUUCUGUCGUGCGAAUGUUGCAUUUGUACUGUUAACCUGGUGGAACAAUGCUUGAAGCGCCUGUGGAAGAUGAACUUGGUGGGCUGCAUUGAAACUCUGGCAGAAUUGAUUCCCAAGGAAAAUGCAUCCGAAGCCCACGGAGAGUGCUUAGUUCCCAGUCAGCCAAUGCUGGAAACAGUGGCUCUGAAGGUACUGGGAGGUUGCAAGCUCAUACUACGUCUACUGGACUGUUGCAGUAAAGCUUUUAUCUUGUCCAUUAAACAUCUCUGCUCAGAAGAAUUCAUACUUCUGAACACUGUGGCUUCGGGGUUGUUGAGCCGGCUACGGAUUCAGUACAGGUGUGUGUUGCAGAGCCUUACUUCCUUGUAUGGCAUAUUGUCAACAUCACUUCAUCUUGUGUCUGAGACCCAACAGAUGUCUUAUAUCAAGGGGUUUACCUUCCCUUCUGAUAUCAGCAACUUCCUUGGAGUAAAUGUCUCUAUUGACCUGAAGAAGAAAAAGGCUAGAAUGCUUACAACAAAAAAGCCUAAAGGCUGGCUGAAGAAGCUCUUCCCAACAAGGGUAGAGGAAGUGUCCAAGGUGGGGAAAAAGAGAAAUGUUGCAACAUGUAUGAGUGCUGUGAAAAACGGUGGAAUCCCAUGCCCUGCGGACAUCGGAGAGCCGGUUCUGGUGACCAGCAGAGGGAGACACCUGGCGGCUGAUGUGAAGAGCUUACUUAGACCAUCCAGACCUCUAACACAACAGGGUGUGAGAAUCACAUCAACACCUUGUAAAACAAAGUCAGCAUCACUUUCCUCUCGUAUAGCAAAAUCUCAGCAUGCUGGACAUCUUCUACAGAUGGUCCAAACAGCUACAUCAUUUGGGGAACUGUCAGAGACACUCAGAAAAGCUAUUGUGUGGUGCAAAGGCAACAAAUUCAAAUCAGCAGCUUAUUUUCUGCGUAACAAGUUGUUGAAAAGCAACCGGCUGCACCAUGUGGAGGCUCAAGGAUGCAGCUUGAAGAAAAAGCUGUGCUGUGUCAAAACAUCUGUCUGCAAAUGCCUUCUGUACGGGUCACAAAACACACACUGGCCAAGGCAGUACCUUGGGGCAAGGUUCUGCCGAAGGUGGAUCAAAUCAUCUGUGAGACUGAAGAGAAGAACUCCAAAGACUGUUCAGCAAAAACCUGCUGAGUUUUUUGGGGUCUGCGAGAACAGUGCAUCACCCAUCCUUCCAGCUUACCAGGAUGGGCCUCUGAGUUGGGAAGGAUGUUCCAAUGCUGAUGCAGUCUCUGUCAAACUAAGCGCGGUGGGGACUCCUAAGCAGCUGCUGCAGGAAGGAAACCCUGGCCCUGUGUGGAAAGAAGGUACUGAGAACAUGGAUAUUGAUUCUAUUUUUGCAGCAAUGGGUGUCUGA